AAUAAUUAAAAUCCCAAUUGUUGUUUGAUUCAAUCUCUUUGAAUCAGAAUGGAAGAGGAUAGAGGCAAAGUGAGAAUUUUGAUCGAGAAGGCCAUCAAUUCGACUUCGCCUGAGGUAGAACCCCGCCUCCUCAAAGCCAUUAAAACCGUCGUCCGAUGUUCUGAUUCGGAGCUCCGACUAGCCGCCCAAACCCUAAUGGAACUCAUGAAACGAGACCACUCUCAGGUCAGGUAUCUCUCACUUCUCAUAAUUGAUCAGCUAUUCAUGCGAUCAAAGCUUUUUAGGACCCUUAUUGUUGAGAAUUUGGAUCACCUGUUGACGUUAAGUGUUGGAUUCAGAAGGAAUUUGCCACUUCCUGCUCCUCCGGCUGUUGCAUCUGUCCUCCGUUCAAAGGCGAUUGAAUUCUUGGAGAAGUGGAAUGCCUCUUUUGGGAUUCAUUAUAGGCAGAUUAGACUGGGUUUUGAUUACCUUAAGAACACUCUCCGGUUCCAAUUUCCUAAUAUCCAGGCAAAUGCAGCACGACUUCAGCAGGAAAGAAGGGAAAGAGAAUUGAGGUCAAAAGAGAUUCUGCAGAAUAAGUUUGAAAUGCUAAAGGAAAAUUUAUCUUCAAUAAAGAACGAGAUACAAUCAACAGUGGACGAGAUAGGAGAAUGCUUAGAAAUUGUUCGGUCUGAAAAGGAAACUAUGGCAGUUGGACCUUUAGAUGAUGAGGAUUUUGAAGAGUACCGUCCUUCAGAAUUAAGGCAGAUCCGUCUUGAUUCAUUAAGAGAAGGAGAAAAGAUUCACGAGAACAGUGAGAAUGAAGUCGUGUUUGAUGCAUUGAGAGAGAUGUUCAAGCUUCUAGUAACAAAGCAUCUGGUUACAGUCCAAGAGUGGAUAUCUGUUCUUAUACGGGUUGAAGUGGCAGAUAACAGAACUAGAAAUUCCUAUCUGAAGGAGUUCAUUGAUAUCCAAAAACGUCUCCAAUCUGUGAAGAAGAAAUGUGUUGAACUAGGUUGUGUUCUUCCAGACACUACAAAGCAUGAAAAAGAAAAGGAAGAAGAUUUUUGGGAGGAUGGUAAGAUUGAAUCAGCUGAAAUUGAGAAUACAUCCAGUCUCUUAGCUGCGAAUCUUUCCAUUGCUUCAACUUCUGGGGAGGUAAAAACUAAAGAUCCUGCAAGUAGUAAAAAGGAAGCAAAAUCUAAUAGGUCCCAAGGUCACGAACGUGACACUACGAAUUCUAGCUCACUUCGAAACGAGCUCUUAGCUGAAGCUCCAGUUAUAAACUGGGGCUCUUUCCUCGAUGACUGGGGUUCAAAUAGGGAUGUUCUGGCCAAUCAAAGAGGUUUGGAGCUUGAAAGUCACUGGGGUAGGGUAGACCAUGAUGCAGUUAUCCCAGCAGAUAAAAUUGCAGACCUAAAUAUCCGGGCUACUGUUUACCAAGAAGAGAAAGUAGAAAUACAACCAUGCCGUGCUCCAUUGCGUAAAGGUGGACUUUGUCAGAGAAGAGAUUUCAGAGUUUGCCCUUUUCAUGGAGCCAUCAUACCUAGAGAUGAUGAAGGAAAUCCGGUCAAGCAGAGCAUAUCCACAGAUCAUACAACUGUUGAUUCUAAUCUAGUGGAGCAAUUAGCAGAACAAGCUGUGAAGAAUGUCCGGGAUAGAGAUACCGAGGAAGCUAAGAAAAGAAAGAUGGAUAAGCAGUUGCAGAAGCGUGCAAAGCUUGCAAAGGUUCGGGAACAUAAUGAUGCAGUUCUUAGGGAUGCUGCGUUGGCUUCAACUUCGAAUUCUGCAUUUGUUGGAGAGGAUCUGUAUGCAGCCACUGGUGGGAGGUCAUCCGCAAGAAACAAAAAGGAUAGCCUUACAGCAAUGCUGCGUAAGAAAGAAACCACGAAAGAUCGAUUAGCUCAGCGACUGUUGAACACCCGAGCUAGAGAUUCAACAGUAAGGCAGCUUACCCUCGGUGAAGAUUCAACUUACAGAGAAGCAUUCCCAAAUCAGUGGUAGGCUGUCUCUCUAUUUGCAGCUCCCAGAGUUUUAACAGGGACCCAAAAUCAGCAGAAUUCGAAAUGCUAUCAAUUAAAAGAUCAGUUUCAAUUUGAUGGGAAACAAAUCACUGCAUCUUGAUUUCAAUGAUGACAUCAUGUAUCCAGAAGAUAGUUGUAAACUAUGAUGGACGGGAAUCUGCUGGAGUCCUACGUUUCAGUGUAUGUUUUUCUUUCUGAAAACGCUUUUGAAAUUUCUAAAUUUUAUAUUUACAGUCUAAUCUUGUAAAGAAAACAUCAUUUUGUCGUUUCUCAUUUAGUCAUUUCCGUUUCCAUGUUAGAUAGGUUGUAAAUACUAAAUAGUUGGCCGAAACAAUUUUGUAACAUAAUGUAUUCAUUGACAUAAACAGCGAGUCUCCGGUUUGAGGCUGUUUUUCUGCUGGAAAUUGUAUAAACUCAUUUUUCUGAGACAAAAACGAAAUAAUUUGCAAUCA